AAGACCAACCCCCAGAGCUGUUGCACGUUUCAACUGAAGACUUAAUUCCCUCUGCUUUGUCAGUUUGACGGUGACUAACUUGCCGCUUGUGUUUGGAUUCUCUUAAGUGAAAUUAGCAGAUAAACUUCAGGAUGAGCUCACGCAACAUCAAUUCCAAGUAAUUGUGCCCCAAAACCAACCAGAGCUCAAGAGCACCGUCUGCUGGAGAGAAGGAAAACAUCGGUUAGGAUUCUGCUAAACUGGGCUGCAUCGUUUUCAUCAAACCUCUUCAUUUACUCAAUGAACUCUGGCUCUCUCUGCUGGUUUUAUCAAAUUUUUCAGCUACUGCUGUCAAAAGUAUGCCAACAAAAUGACUUUAUAAUUAUAGUUGCAUGCAGAGUAAGUUAAAAAGCAACCUGCAGUAUGGGUGCGUCAUGUUCUGACCCUGCAGGGACUACCCCCUCUGCACUGAUGACCUCCACCUCCUCAUCUUCCUCAUCUUCCAGCUACUUUGAGUUCUUCUGGGAUUACCACAAUAAAUCUGUAAUUUGUAAGCAUUACAACUACACCGGCAAACUCAAGAAUCGGGAGGAGUUGAAACCCGAGAGCAUUGCGUUCAUUGUGGUGUGUCUUCUCAUCAUCCUAGAGAAUGCAGUGGUGCUCAUUACCAUUUGGAAGAACAAGAAGUUCCACCUUCCUAUGUAUUACCUGCUAGGAAACUUGACUCUGUCCGAUCUGCUGGCUGGUGUCACCUACAUGGCCAACAUCCUGAUGUCAGGACACAAUACUUUGAAACUGACACCAUUACUAUGGUUCUUCAGGGAAGGAGGGGUCUUCAUCACUCUGGCUGCCUCUAUCAUUAGCCUGUUGGCCAUUGCAAUUGAACGCCACGUUACUAUGGUAACAAUGCGUCCAUAUCAUGGAGCAAAGCGGGGAAGAAUGAUGGCGCUCAUUGGUGGAAGUUGGGCCCUGUCAGUAUUUCUGGGGGUUCUACCUAUUUUGGGAUGGAACUGUAUACACAGAUUGGACCAAUGUUCAACGGUGCUCCCACUUUAUGCCAAAAGCUACAUCAUGUUUAGUGUGUCUGUGUUCAGCGCAGUGCUUUUGUCCAUCGUGGUCCUCUAUGCUCGGGUUUUCCGCAUUGUCCGCACCAACACGAAACGACAGCGGUUGAGUCUGAAGGGCAACAUGAGGAACAGUACUGCCAGGGUGACGCAGAAAUACAUUGCCCUCCUCAAGACUGUCACCAUUGUAGUGGGAGUCUUCAUUGCUUGUUGGCUGCCCCUCUUCAUCCUCCUGCUCUUGGACUUCUUCUGCCCCACAGGCCAAUGCCAACUACUCAAGAAGGCCGACUACUUCUUGGGAGUAGCUAUCCUCAAUUCAUUUCUCAACCCAGUCAUCUACACUCUGACCAGCAAGGACAUGAGGAGAGCCAUUCUGAGGCUACUCUGUCAGUCGUGUCUGAUGACCAAAGAUGGACAGGUGAAGAAGAUUGGGAUGCCAUUCAUUGAGUGCAGUUUCAGUAAAACCGAGGUGCCUUCUCAAAAACUGGAUCAUGGACUGGAGACAACCAUUUCCUCUGGGAAUGCAAUCACCUCUCCAUCUACAUUUAAAGCUCUUUAUCCAAAAUCUUUCAAGUCAUAGGGUAGAAGAAGCGGUAUAGAAAAUGGCUGACUGACUGACUGGUUGGUAACCACAAGUUGGAACAGUUUUGCUCCCUCCUACACACCUCUGCCUUUGCAUUGUAUACGGUGUUAAGAGAAGACAGACAUGUGUGACAGGGAAAUAGGCGGUCUUUGGGUUGGUGUCCAGUUCCUGCAAAAUGUCACUCAGACACCUGCAGGUAAACUGCUACACAGAAAGAAGAAAAGAAAAGAAAAAAAAGUGGCAAAUUGUCAACAAACCUGUGCUAUGACUAAUGUGCACUUGCAUUACUGCUUCUUUCUGUUGCAACAUGCUGAUAGAACAAUGACUGGACCUGAAUCAGCUGGCAGGUGAGUGAGGACCUGGAUCUGUAAAUGUUUUUUUCAAUCAGCUGCGUCAGGACUUUACACGAGUGUUCCUGUUUUAUCAUCUAGAAUAAGGUCAUAUUUAAAGUAAGUCACUUAUUUUGCUUUUCACAGGAACAUUUCUCCUUCUAACAUUAGGUACUCAUUUUUCAUACUAAAACCAGGCUGAGAGCCAUGGAUGUUGUUUUAAACAGAUGAAUGAGUUGGUUUAAGGGUUUUUUUAUACUAAGAUCUGUAUAGUGGACUUUCUGUGUUUCCAAACAGAUUUUUGUAAGAUCAGUACUAUAAAUUAUAUGUUUUUGUAACAGUCUAAAGCAAAAGUAACCUUUCUUUUCAUAAAAUAAAUAAAAAAACAUCUGAAGCGA